AAAAAGCAAAACGAGUUUACCCCUUGACAGAAAUCCCUGAAAUAUCUGCAUAAGGUGCAUAUGAUGAUGCCCUUUUCUUUUGGCACGUACCUUACCUGAGGAAAAAUACCACAGUGCGUUAGUAAGCACGGAGUACUGGUACCAACAUGUGCAUUUAUUUGCAUGUAAGGCCGAUAACUGAGGCAAAUGCCACAUAAAAUAGCCCUUUAUGGUACUGAAUUUUUUCCAAUGCCAUAUUUUAAUGUCUAAAUUUCCUGCAAAGUAGUAUGUGUACAUAGCCCAUGUGUUAACUUACAGGCCGGGUGUACCUCAGUUUUCGGCCUUACAUGUAAUGUAAUGUAGGUACCCUUACUGUGAGCAUGUGAGGCCGAAAACUGAGGCAAAUGCGUUUACACUCCGAUUGACGAUUUUGGUAUCUACAUGUACGCUGUGUUGACACAGUUAAUAAAUAUCAAAAUCGUCAAUAAGUGUAAAAUACGUUUAACAUACUGUACAUUAAAAGAGCCCAGCUAAACAUUUUUCCAAAAAAAACUUCUUUUUGGGUUUACUGGGUAUAAAACUAGCCCAGUUGCCCACCCUUCAUUUUUAUUAACUAUGUUUCAUUGUCAGUUAUUUAUAAGGUGGAAAGAAAAAUAAGGUUUAAUGUAAAACAUAAAGUUGUCAAUUUAUAUGCAGGAUGUGCUUCAACAGAAAUUGAGACUUGCCUUCGUGACCUACAUCUAUACAAGCUUGAUUUAGUUUCUUUCUUGCAUAUAUUCUUAUGCUUGAAGUCUUUGUAUAAGUAAAGAUUCAUAGCCCAUUUGCCAUUCUCUGUGAUAGAAAUAUCACAUCUUGCUUGGAUAUUAGAAAAAUAAGAAGUGUUUUUUCAUGCGCUAUCAGCCAGUGUCUGAGACACAUACGGGUAUACUGUAGCUAAAGGGUGUAGGGUUUUGGGGAUUAACAGUGGUCUUGAUAGUUAAGCAGCAGUAUGUCUCUGAUACUGGAAGAAGACCUUUAUUGAAAAAGAACAUCAGUUUUGCUGUAUGAAGAAUGCCUAUAAUUGGGUAUCUGCCAUCUGCCACCUGCGUGGAUCAUUGCUGGUACCAUGUACCAGAACUACAUAGGUGGGUAUGGUAUUUUGUAUAACUGCAUUGCUCAUGCUUGCAUGCCUAUUUACAUUACAGGUUUUACUAGAUACAUACAGUAUGUGAAAUAGCUGAUUUUGGUAACGUUUUGGCCUGUGAGGCACCCAUACCUCAUGUCUUUUUUGCAACCCCACAAAAUUCCUUUAUGCUUCAGUGAUUACUGUUAUAAUAAUAUUUUGGUCAUGCUAUAUUAGUAGUUAGAAGCACCCAUAUCAGUCUUUUCAAAAUACCAUUUUGAACACAUGGUCAAUAAGUAAAAUUAUGAAAAUCUCACUUGGGUCUGGCAUAAAUAAAAGCAACUUUGACUGGCCUACCCAGUAAUAUCAUUGUUCUUAUUAAUUGAAACCUAUACUAGAGGAGAUGAAAAGAAGUGCUGAACACAAUAUAGACAUAAUUCACUGCUGAAAUAAGUUUUAUAUUUGUAAAGAAUGCAUUCUGAACUUUUCCUGUCAGGAUCUCCAUUGCCGAGGGGGUAAAUUGAAUAUAUUGUGCAUGCUACAGGACAACUCAUGAUCAGUAUUGUUUUAAUGCACUGAAUACUUGUAGAUUCAAACUCCUUCGAGAUGUGGGAAACUGUAAUGAAUAUGUAUCCCUUUUUGACCUUUUGACAUACUAUACCUAUCACCAAAAUCAGUUGUAUUUUGGGCAAGAGGAUGUUGAUUGAACACACAAACUGAUAUUUGUUUAAUGAGAGUGUUAUCUUCAGUUGUGAGUAAAUCUGUGGGAAAUGUGUUUACCUUCAUCAGGGUUAUCUUGAAAUAAACUUAGGUUAUCUAUAGAUAAUACAUAAAUAUAAGUACAGCUGUGUUGUGUAAUGUUGGACCAGUGAAGAGCUUUGCACAGUGGAGAGGAUUAGCAUGGCAAUAGCAGCUUAAAUCAGUCAGUAAUAUCAUAUCUUCUUUGGAUAGCACUAAUGUGCAUUCCCAUAUGUGAGAGCUCUAUGUUGAAGCAGUAUUACACUGCCAAAAUAAUGUAAUUGAAACAAUUAGAGGCUUCUAUAUCCUUUAAUAUUACAAUGCAAUGCUUGCAAAACAAUUGCUUUACUCAGGGUUAGAAAUCUACAAUAUGUUAAAUUUCAUUUGUGUCUGAGAUGGAGAUAAUGUAGGUUUUUUAUGCAUGCUGGUAUUUUUAGAUUGGCUUUUUUUUUUUCAUUGGUUACCAUGCUUAAUCUGACACAUAAAAUAAACUUUGUAUGUUUGUUCCAAUUUGCAUGGGACUUGCAUGGAUACUGUAUUCUGUUCAGGCAUUUUAGUUUUAUGUAACUUAUCAGAUCUGAUACAGAUGCAUCUUUCAUAGUCAAGUCUUCCGAAUAGAUUCCAUGCAGCCACAACACACAUAAAGGAUACCCACCAAACAUUCACAGUUGCUGAAAAACCAACUCAUAAUGAAAACAAAACAGUAUACUCAAUAUACUAAUAUUGACCUUGAAUUUAGCUGUUGCAGUACAAGUAUUGGGUUGUAUUGAGCCGUCUCAGUUGGGGAUAUGCCACACCCAUGAGCACCUGUCUAUGACUUAUGACAACUACUAUCGCCCACCACCUUCUGGCCAUGAGGACAAUGUCACGCUGCCAUUCAAAAUGGAGAAUCUGGGGUGGAUUCGCCAAUAUCCCUAUAGCUGCAAGGCAAAUUUGCGUUUAAAUGAUGAAGAGGCAAACACUGGCAUCAUUGAGGAAUUAAAGGAAUUUAAGAGACUGGGUGGAGGCACCAUAGUGGACAGUACCAUCCUGGGGAUCAGCAGGGACCUGGCCUUUCAGAAGAGGCUGGCCACAGAGACUGGGGUCAAUAUUAUUUCUUCUACAGGUUAUUAUGAUGCUGUCUCACAUCCAUCUAACAUGGACGCCAUCACUGAGGAGGAAAUAGAUGCCAUGAUGAGGAAUGAAAUUCUGGUUGGCUGUGAGGGAACAGAUGUGAAGUGUGGAUCCAUUGGAGAGCUUGGUUGUUCCUGGCCACUGCAAGCCAAUGAAAAGAAGGUCCUCAGGGCCGCUGCGGUAACUCAGACUCAGCUUGGCUGUCCUGUCAUCAUCCACCCAGGAAGAGGCUCGAAAGCUCCUGAAGAGAUCGUGAGGAUCUUACAAGAGGCUGGCGGAAAUAUUGGGAAGACUGUCAUGUCACACAUAGACAGAACUCUCCAUACUGAUGAGGAAAUUCUGGAGUUUGCUAAAUUGGGCACAUACCUAGAGUAUGAUCUGUUUGGUAUAGAAACAUCCAACUAUCAAUGCAACCCGACUGUUGACAUGCCUUCUGAUGGGGAGAGAAUAAGAAGAAUCCAGGUGCUAUUUGCAAAUGGUUUUGACAAAGUGGUGAUUGCACAUGAUGUGCACACUAAGCACAGACUGGUGAGGUAUGGUGGUCAUGGGUUCACGCACAUCCUUAGCAACGUGCUGCCACAAAUGCGUCGUCGGGGUGUGACCCAGGAGCAGAUUGACAAGAUGUUGAUUGACAACCCCAGGGAGUGGCUCACUUUCCUUUAAAUGACAUGCCAUCUGUUCCCUGUUGCUUUUGUGCACAGCUUAAGACUGUCAAUCAAAUAAGUUUUUUUCCAUCUUGGUAUGCUUUCAGCGCCUGCAAUAAUAAUAUAGAUGAAAAAUUGUUUUAUAAAAUAAUUCAUGAAGGAAAUUGUAUGUAUAAGUGUUAUGAGAAAUUAAUCAUGUUUCAGUAUUACUGCAAUCUGUGAUAGGGAAAUGCCUCAAUAAUUUAAUGAGGUAGUCAUUCUACACAGUCUCUAAAUUUAUGCUCGGUGCCAUAAUUUUUAAUCUUGAAUAUCUAAAGUUGAUUGAAUUUUUUGUUUGUAUUCAACAAAAUUAUGCUGAACAUUUUCAUUUUGUGAAGGUAAAAUGUUAAAAUGUCCCAAAGUAUAAAUUGCUCUAAAUGUACAUCUUGAGAGCAGCAUGAUUAUACCGAAGUGUAGUUUACUCUGUGAAUUUAUUCAAGCAAACUAAAAGAUGUCCUUUAAAGUAGACAGAAAGACUGACACAUAUAUUAACUAUACUCUAUAGAGUUAAAGAAAAGUUAACAAGUAGUCUAGUUAAAAGAAAACAUUUGGUCAAUUUUUGUGUUGACAAAAGGAACAGCAUGAUGUUCGAUUUAGUUGUUUAAAUAUAUGUACAAAACAGGUUUACCCAUUGCUUAUGUACAGCUUUCAUAGCAGCCAUGCUAUUUAAAAUGUUGACUUGAAAUGUGUGAAACAUUGUUUAGUUUUGCUCUCCAUGAAACCUAUUUACAAUACAUUGUUUAAUGAUUUAUGCGGUAAUUAAUAACAAGCUACUAGCAGCAUAUAGCUCUUGAUAAAUAAAUUUGAAAUGUUAAAGUAAAGCAUUUUCAUCAAAUAUGAAAUAGUUAACAUGCUAAUAUUAUUGUUUGAUGACAAAUAAACUGAAAAUCAUUAAAUGAAAAUCUGAAAUGCUUCCAUUGUUUGUUUAUUCAAGGAGUUAUAACUCCUUGGUUUAUUUUACUCAAUCCAUAUUCUCAAUCAUCUUAUCACCCCAUAUAGUAAAAGGCUCAGAGCAUGACACUUCUUAGGUCUCUUGAGUAACAAACUUCUACUAAAUUUAUUCUGCAAUGUUAUUUGAAGACAGUGAAGGUGUUUGAGUAUCUUGCUUUCCUAAGCUGUUAUUGAAAUCCUAUAGAAAAGGCCAUUCAUAAUUUGCAGAAAGCUGGAUUACAACCAUCUUCACUGGGAGUGCAAAUCUAACAUAUUCCCUGAUGUCAACUUUUUCUUAACCUGUUGCUAUUGCAUGCAAAAUAGUAGGUGUUUUAGCAAAUGUAAAAUAACAGUGCCAAAAGAAGCAUACCUAUACUCAUCAGCUUCUACCCACAGCUUAUUAGGAAUAUUGUGGGAAGUAAAUGUCCCUCUACUCUCAAAACACAUUCCAUUUUUACACACACAAAAAAAGAGAAUAAUGUAAAAUAUAAAAACAAACUCUGAAGAAGUAAAUUCAAGUUAGUAAUGUUACCAGUUGCAUAGAUAUAUAUGUACUAUAUGUAUGUGUAAAUGAAUAUAAUCCAAUGUUAAGUAAUCACUCCCCAUGUAUU